GUUGACAAACGAUCGACUCCGCAAGCUUCGACACAGCACUUGUUGCCCAGCUGCCAAAAAGAACUUACUAUCCGCCUUCUAACGCUGGAAGAUGAGCACCUACAACGAGACAGGUUCCUCCGGCCUCGGGCUCAAGAUCCUGCAACAAUCAGACUUUUACAAUGAGGCUUCCAUCUUGCAUCCCCGGCGGGGUCGAUUGGAAUCAUGUUCCUCUUCAUCUACUUCCGAAUCAUGAGUAACCGAUGUUCAGCACCGGUGACCCUGUUUGAUACCAUCGUCGGGGUCGCUUUAGGGAGCGUGUUAGGGGCGAUCGUUACCGGAACAUCGCUCACAAGAGGGAUCCUUUCCCUGAUAAUCCUCCUCUUCUUCCAAUUCUUCACGUCCCUCUGCUCGAGCAACAUGGGCGCCACGUUCGAGCGCAUUGUCGCGUCGCCUCCCCUUGUCAUCGCCUUUCGCGGCCAUCAAUUGGACAAGGUGAUGAGACAGCACCGGAUCUCGAAGACGGAUCUGAACUCGGCGCUGAGAAAGUACGGGAUCUGGAACAUCAAGGAGGUGGAGUGCGUCAUCAUCGAGUCUACCGGAUUAUUCUCUGUCUACAAGAAGUGCGAUUUCCCGAACGACAUGGAACCAGAAGUACUCCUGGACAUCAAAGGCUAUCGAAAACUACACGAAAACCAUCAAGCGAACGGCAAGGACACACACGAGUGUUCGAAUGACUCUAGGGACGAUGAUAUCGCUGAGGAGUGCGCAUGAGAUCGAUCUGAGUCGGAUUGGGUUCAGAGCCGGGGAGGGAGCGCGCUGAAGGGAAUUCACUGUAUCGUAUGUACGAGUCUGCGUUUGUGUAUCGUGGGUUGUUUCCUAUUUGAGUGUAGCUUGCAGUUGUUGUAAGUGUAUCGCAUCAUGACUUCUCGUCGGGGCCUUGACGAUGGUGUGCUCCUCCUU